AGUUUUGGGGAGUGCAUAUAAUCAACAUAUUAUCGAAGGUGCUUAGAUAUUGAUCCUGUAUUUCGAGGUAGUUCAAAUUCGUCUCUCUUGGACCUUCGUGUUUGACCUUACAUUUCCCGUGCUCGGUGGAGAAUAAUUCACGCGCGAAAUGCCGAAGAGAAAGUCUGCAGAUGGUCCCGAGGGCAAGGAAGCCUCCAAAGUCACAAAACAAUUGCCCACCAGAAAGUCGGCGAGAUUGUCAGCGAAGCCUGCUCCACCCAAGCCUGAGGCCAAGCCCAAGAAGGCCAUCGUCAAGGUCGCAGACGAUAAGGGGGCUAAGGCAAAGAAAGGCGGAGCUAAGGGGAAGAAGGAAGACGGCCCCGCCCAGAACGGAGACACCAAGACCAAUGAGAUCUAUGUGUCUCGUCCGUCUGUCAGGGUGUCCUCCAACAGAAGCACUGCUCCCUCCUUGAUGUCAGUGAGAGGGCAGAGUGAGACAGUCAGAGUUAAGGACCUGAGGUAUCCACCUUUUAAUGGCAAGAAAGUGAACAAAGGAAUAAAAAAAGCUCCUUUUACCCGUAAGUAUGAUUCCGAAUGUGUUCAGAGAAGAGUAAAGAUUAACAUGUAACAUCUUUUAAACAGCUGCUGUUGUGAGUCUUGUUCAGAGAGGCAGACUGAUCGAGGUAGACUAGUUUGUUCUUUAUAAGUCAAUCUAAGAACCCAUUGGUAAUCACUGGAAAACAUAUGCCUCUUGGAGCUGCAGACAACAUUCAAGGUCUCCUAGUGAAGCCAGCGUUUAGCAAUGUUUUUCCUUUGUUUACUGUCUAGCUAGCAUCCUGAGAAGUGAGAAUGGAGUUGGUGUCUAGAGGCAGAUUGUUAGCUGCACCGAAUGCAGAUAUCUGUUUGAAAACAUUAAUUAAAGCUCCUGUGAGAAGUUUUUAGCUGGUUAAGAAACAGACUGAGAUAAAUAUUGAUGCCUCUCUAUGAUCCACUUAAGCUAACAAGACCAUCAGCGAGUAGAUUGAAAAUGUCUAUAGUGUUAUUUUUAAUGCCUGUAACUGAUGCCUGUGGGUAGGUGCCAGAUUAAGUGAGUUACAGAACACUUCUGAAACAGCCUUUGUUGACAUUUCCCACUGCAAAGAUCUACUGUGAGUUAUGACUGACUUUGAAAAGAAAGAAGGAUGAGGUGUUUUGUUUAAAAAUACUUGAAACAGGUGUACUGGAUGAACAAUUAGACCAGAUUUACCACUUUAUCCACAGGGGGCGUCAGAUUGAUGCAAACCAAAGUUACUCACUGGAGCUUUAAAACUAAAUACUUGUAAGGUAACUACAGAUGGGUUCCAGGAUUGCACUAUGGUGGAUUGUGUCCUGCUCCUUUUGCUCUGAACAUGGACCCUUUUUCAGCAUUCACCCAAUGCCUGAUGAAACAGUGGAGAAUAUUUCUCAUAAUGUGAAUGGAAACAAGAGGACUUCCAAUACCAAAUCCUGCCAUUAAAGAGUGCCAUUUUAUGUGUUAAUAGAUUAGUUAAGUAAACCCUUUGGAAACAAGAGAAUAGGCUGAUGCUAAGUUUUUUCUGGGCUUUUUAUGCCUUUAUCUAGAGAUAGGACAGGAGUGAGAGAGUGGGGAAAUGAGCCGCAGGUCGGAUUGGAACCCGGGCCGUCCGCUUGGAGGACUACAGACUCUGCACACGGGAUGGGCUCACUGACCAUUAUGUUACCGGCGCCCGGCUGGUGCAAAGUUUUUCAAACACCUCAGUAAAUGUGCUUCUCUGAACAGACCCAUUAAACUGAAAAGGCAUCAAAUUGAGCGGCACAUUUAUCCAGGUCAUGAUGAACUCAUUUUGAUAAUGCAGUAGAUCCUCAAUCACCUUUUUAGCUGCUUCAAGCUGAUUAAGUUUCAUGCAGAAUUUUAUUUAGACUCACUAAGGACCUCAGGAAAAGAAAUUGUGGGGUGUCUUUUUGUGGUUUGUUGAUGCCAGUUCGUGUUAAAUCUACCUGUAGAGCAAAUGAUUGCUAACACCAGAUUCUUUUGCAUAACUCUUCUUCCC